AUGGAACAACAAGGUGAAAUUACUUUUCUUAAUGAUAUUAACGCUCUCAGUACAAACUUCAAUAUCAAAGUGAAGAUUAUUAGUUUGUGGAGAAAGAAGAUGAAAGGUAACGAAAGAGAGACCUAUCGUAUCGAUAUGAUACUUAUGGAUGAGAUGGGUACCAAGAUUCAAGCUUCUUGCUUACAUAGGCUCUUUUCAAAGUUUGAGAGACAUCUUAAUGUUGAUGAAUGCCUUAUAAUAAAAAGGCCAUCUCUUGCUGCGAACACUGCAUCUUUCAAAAUUGUUCCUAACAAUCAGAAGCUAUCUUUUUAUUACCAGACAUUUGUCGAAAAGUGUAGUAAAUGGGAUGGGCCACAGUUUGUUUUUGAUUUUGUUGAUUUCAAGGAUGUUGUAUCACAGAGAUACAAGGAGAAUUUCAUCGGUUACGUUGUUGUUUGCUAUAAGAUUGAGGACACUAACAAAAAAGAUGGUACUAAAGGAAAACGCCUCAAUCUUAAACUUCAAGAUCUCGAAGAUGUUGAGAUUGAUUUAACUCUUUGGGAUGAUUAUGCGAAAGACAUGUGUUCGUACAUGCUUAGUCAAGAUCGUGAAGCCCAUGUUGUCAUUGCUGUUCAUUUUGGUGCCGUUAAAACCUACAAAGGUAAAUGGGGGAUAUCUAAUAAUUUUGAUGGUACACGACUUUUCAUUAACGACAAUUUUGAUCAGAUAUUGACAUUCAAGGAAAAGUUUAUUGCAAAACUUUCUGCUUCAUCCGAGUCAAGUAGCCAUGUUGGGUCGUAUGUUUUAUGUUCUGUUGAAGAUGAAUUUAUGAAAAAUGAUGUUUUCUCACCAAUUGCUUAUCUUGGUUCAAUCAUACAGGCAAAAAAAGUUGUUAUUGUGGGAACUAUUGUAGCAAUUGUUUCUGAUAAGAUGUGGUAUUAUGAUGGAUGUAACUAUUGCAAAUCCAAAGUUGAGCAAAAGUUUGAAACUUACGAUAAGGAAGAUGGUACAAGUGAUGUUAGAGAUGAGAAGGUAUACCAAUGUUCCAACAAGGAUUGUCAAGGAAAAGAUGUUUUCCCAAUGUCGAGGCUUAAAAUACCAAUUCGAGUUCAAGAUUCAACUGGUACGGUGACACUUACAAUGUUUGAUCAUGAGGUGUUGAAGUUUGUUGGUAAAACUGCAAAGGAACUUAUACAAAUUCAGGACGAUAUACUUAAUACCAAUGAAGUGCCCAGAGCAUAUCCUGUUGAGUUUGAGACAUUGGUUAACAUCAAGUGUGCUUUCGUUAUUCGAGUAACAAACUUUAAUAUUACCAAUGCUGUUGAGAAUUAUGGUAUAUCAGUUCUGACAAAUGAUGCAGAUAUUUUGGAUCAGCUAAACAAAAAAUGGAAAAUUGAUCAACUUGAUGCAUCUGAUUCGUUUUCUAUGGGUCACUCUGAAUUCCAAGAUGAUGUCGGUAAAAGUGCAAAGGAUGGUGUUUCUUACACUGGUGAUAACUCUACACCUGUUUCAAAGGAUUUUGCUUCUGAUUUCAAUAAAUCAUCAACUGAUUUGAAGCGUAAUCUUGGUGAUGUUUAUGUGAGUGAAGAUGUAGUGGGAUCGUCGAAAAUGGAUAAUAGGUUUAAACAUCAAUAUUCAUCUUCUUCCGAACCUUCCAUGAAUGCCGUAAUUAACGAUUAUUAUACACGUUGGUUAUCUUACGUUAUCAAAGCUCACGAGGCCAGGCAUAGACCAAAGUUAAGAAAACUAUAUCUUGAUAAUAAGAGAUCAAAAUUUUUUCUUAUUUCGUAUUUUAUCGCUUUAACCAUUUUGGUCAUUGCAAUUGCCGAGGCAAAAAGAAGGCGUAGAUUAAGAAAACUAUAUCUUGAUAGUAAGAGAUCAAAGUUUAAUCGAAAAUGUAUUCCAUCAAAAGUGGAUUCAACGUCUUCAUCAGCAACACAGCCUAAUUCUGAAAUCGCUAAUCUUCUAAACGAAGCCAAGUUGAUUAUUUGGGACGAAGCACCGAUGGUACACAAACAUGCUUUUGAGGCUCUUGAUCGUACAUUGAAAGAUGUUUUGAGUGUCUCCGAUUCACGUAAUUCUGAACUUCCCUUUGGUGGAAAGACUAUUGUUUUCAGUGGUGACUUUAGGCAAAUCUUACCGGUUGUACAAAACGGCACAAGGCAAGACAUCGUACACGCCUCUUUAUGUUUAUCUUACAUUUGGUCCACUUGCAAGGUUUUAAAAUUGACCCGUAACAUGCGUUUAUCUAUUGGAACCGGUAGUUUAAACAUUGAUGAGAUAAACGAUUUUGCCAAAUGGCUUCUUGAAAUUGGUGAAGGCAAUCUCGGUGAUGGUAACGAUGGCGAUUCAACUAUAGAAAUACCAAACGAUCUUUUAAUCACCGAUUCAAUUGAUCCAAUUCAAAGCUUGAUUGACUUUGUAUAUCCAUCAGUUCUUGACCGUUUUAAAGAUCGUGACUACUUUUCUGAAAGAGCCAUACUUGCUCCUAAAAAUGAAGUUGUACAUGGUAUCAAUGAUCGUUUGCUUGCAUUAUUUCCUGGUGAAGAAGUAGAGUAUCUUAGCUCAGAUAGUCUAUGCCCAACUGAGGAAAUUAAUGAUCCAUUACACCAAGAUUUGUAUAAUCCUGAUGUGUUAAAUAGUGUCAUUGUUUCUGGCUUACCCAAUCAUAGAUUGAUUACACGUCUUGGUAAACGUGUUAUCGAGGCUGAGAUACUAUCAGGAGGUAAUGUUGGUUCAAGAACUUACAUACCCAGAAUUAGCAUGAUACCGUCGGACAAGAAAAUACCCUUUAAGUUUCAACGAAGGCAGUUUCCAAUAACCGUCUGUUUUGCCAUGACUAUUAACAAAAGUCAAGGACAGUCUCUUUCCAGAGUUGGUCUGUACCUAAGAGACCCCGUUUUCUCACAUGGUCAACUUUAUGUUGCGUUGUCGAGAGUAAAGACCAGAGAUGGCGUGAAACUUUUAAUAUUUGACAAAGAUGGAAGGCCAACGAAUACAACUACAAAUGUUGUUUACAAAGAAAUAUUUGGAAAACUGUAG